ACAGGAAUAGUUAUCUGCUUAGUCUCAUCCUUCGUAUUUGGCAAUCUGAGGAAAAGGUCUGAGCCAGCAUGAAGACAGAAUCCCCUCUUCAUUAGAGAAAAACUUUCUGCCUGAAGCAGUUCAUUUCAAGAAGUGCACGAUGACAGAGCGUGGAAUUAAAUGGGCUUGUGAGUAUUGUACAUAUGAAAAUUGGCCAUCUGCAAUCAAAUGUACCAUGUGUCGUGCUCAGAGACCUAGUGGAACAAUUAUCACAGAAGAUCCAUUUAAAAGUGGUUCAAGUGAUAUUGGUAGAGACUGGGAUCCUACGAGCACUGAAGGAGGGAGUAGUCCUUUGAUAUGUCCAGAUUCUAGUGCAAGACCAAGGGUUAAAUCAUCGUACAGUAUGGAAAGUGCAAAUAAAUGGUCGUGCCACAUGUGCACAUACUUGAACUGGCCAAGAGCGAUAAGGUGUACUCAGUGCUUGUCUCAACGUAGGACCAGGAGUCCCACAGAGUCUCCUCAGUCUUCAGGUUCUGGUUCAAGACCGGUCCCUUUUUCUGUUGAUCCGUGUGAGGAAUAUAAUGACAGAAAUAAACUAAACACAAGGGCUCAGCACUGGACUUGUUCUGUUUGUACAUAUGAAAACUGGGCGAAGGCCAGGAAAUGUGUUGUAUGUGAUCAUCCCAGACCUAACAACAUAGAAGCAAUAGAACUGGCGGACACGGAAGAGGCUUCUUCAAUCAUAAACGAGCAAGACAGAGCUCGAUGGAGAGGAAGCUGUAGUAGUGGUAAUAGCCAAAGAAGAUCUCCACCUACAACCAAACGUGAAUCUGACGUGAAAAUGGACUUCCAAAGAAUUGAAUUGGCUGGAGCUGUUGGCAGCAAGGAAGAACUUGAAGUUGACUUCAAAAAACUAAAGCAAAUAAAAAAUAGAAUGAAAAAGACUGACUGGCUGUUUCUAAAUGCUUGUGUUGGAGUUGUAGAAGGUGAUUUAGCUGCUGUUGAAGCUUACAAGUCAUCAGGAGGAGAUAUUGCCCGCCAGCUUACUGCAGAUGAAGUACGCCUGCUAAAUCGCCCUUCUGCUUUUGACGUUGGGUACACACUUGUACAUCUGGCAAUACGCUUUCAGAGACAAGAUAUGCUAGCAAUUUUGCUUACGGAGGUAUCACAACAUGCAGCGAAGUCCAUUCCUGCCAUGGUGUGUCCAGAGGUCACAGAACAAAUUCGUCGUGAAAUUGCUGCAUCUCUUCAUCAACGAAAGGGAGACUUUGCUUGCUAUUUUCUGACUGACCUUGUAACGUUUACGUUACCUGCAGAUAUUGAAGACUUACCGCCCACAGUCCAAGAAAAGUUAUUUGACGAAGUACUUGAUAGAGAUGUUCAGAAAGAGCUAGAGGAGGAAUCUCCCAUUAUUAACUGGUCACUGGAACUGGGUACGCGCUUGGACAGCAGAUUAUAUGCACUUUGGAAUCGGACUGCAGGGGACUGCCUGCUUGAUUCAGUACUACAGGCCACUUGGGGCAUUUACGACAAGGAUUCAGUGCUGCGGAAAGCUCUUCACGACAGUUUACAUGACUGCUCGCAUUGGUUCUAUACACGCUGGAAAGAGUGGGAAUCGUGGUAUUCCCAAAGCUUUGGUUUACAUUUCUCAUUGCGAGAGGAACAGUGGCAGGAAGACUGGGCAUUCAUACUCUCUCUUGCAAGCCAGCCUGGAGCGAGUUUGGAGCAGACACACAUUUUUGUACUUGCACAUAUUCUUAGAAGACCAAUUAUAGUUUAUGGAGUAAAAUAUUAUAAGAGUUUCCGAGGAGAAACAUUAGGAUAUACCCGCUUUCAAGGUGUAUAUUUGCCUUUGUUAUGGGAACAGAGUUUUUGUUGGAAAAGUCCUAUUGCUCUGGGCUACACGAGGGGCCAUUUCUCCGCUCUGGUUGCCAUGGAGAACGAUGGUUAUGGCAAUCGAGGUGCUGGUGCUAACUUGAACACCGACGAUGAUGUUACUGUUACUUUCCUGCCGUUGGUGGACAGCGAGAGGAAAUUAUUGCACAUCCACUUCCUUUCCGCCCAAGAGAUAGGUAAUGAGGAGCAGCAAGAGAAGCUGCUCCGGGAAUGGCUGGACUGCUGCGUGACGGAAGGAGGGGUUCUCGUUGCGAUGCAGAAAAGCUCUCGUAGGCGCAAUCAUCCUCUGGUCACCCAGAUGGUAGAGAAGUGGCUCGACCGCUACCGACAGAUCCGCCCUUGUACAUCCCUUUCCGACGGCGAGGAAGAUGAGGAUGAUGACGAUGAAUGAUGAUGAAGAAAUUGCAAAGAAGAUUACCAGCGCAGAGUGUCUGACCCGGAGUUAGCGUUGUGCUCUAGCAGUUCGUUGCGGAACGACCCAGUUCUAGGGGAAAAGUGCUGUUAAAGGAUUUUUCUAACCAGCAUGGAGAGAGCCUAGAAGCUCAUCUGCUGUGUGGAGAGAGCGAAAUGGGCUGGACUGCAGUUUGUAUAAAAACA